CCAACAGCCCGAAAUUGGAAAAGCUGGUGGGACCGACUCUAUAAGCUAUCAACUGCGCGCGAUAUCAGUACGACCGAAUUAAAAAAGAAUUCAUCAACAACCCCCCCCGUCGAGCCUGAACUACCCAAGAUUUCGGCAGCGGAUAUGACUUCGACCGAUGUAAACAGCUCUUUCGGUAUCAGGGAAGUUAAGGGCCACAAAAGUUGGGAAUUGCCGCGUCCCUUGAUUCUCAUCUGGCCAAACUCUGAAACGUGGCUCAACAUGCCCUCAAAGCCCGGCGAAGCUCCAUUGGAUUGUAAAAUAGAUGCCAUACGUUUCAGGAUCUGCGAGAAUCUGAAGACUAAUGGGCUUUUGGAUGGUCCGAAGGUUACAUAUCGCUUGAAUGGGGACCGAUUACCUGCCACAAUUAAACAGUAUAAAUGUGUAGGAACGGCGGACUACGGCAUAUUCUUUGGUGAGCAAGAUCACAUGGCUUGCCAUCUGAUCGUACUAGAUGCCGAGCAGAACCACCAAGGGCAACCUUUAGCAUACAUGGCAAUGGUCCGGGCUAAACGGAAGGCCCACGGAGAACCGGAUAGCACCUUUUACUUUUCUCGACUGACCAACGAAGGGAAAUGGUCUAUUGUGGCCUAUCGACUUCGUCAGGAUGGCUGGAGGGAUAUCGUCAAUGUGAUGGCAUAUAUGGUGUUACAGGGGCACCAGAAUGCGGUGUCUGCGUUACGGUGA